AUGUUCACAUUAAUUAUUUGCGCUGUGCUCUUGAUGGUUCAUCAAGUGCAAUGUUCGAUGAAAGCUGUAGCGGUUCUCUAUGGAGAUAACUCACCAACAUCCUAUGGUAGUUUAACAUUUUCUCAAGCGGAUGCUGGUGCACCCGUUCGAAUCACUGGCACACUUUCAGGACUCAAUGUCAGCAGCGCACACGGUUUUCAUGUUCAUGUUUAUCCAGUCUCAGAUGGCACACCGAAUUGUACAGCUGCUGGUGGACACUUUAAUCCAUACAAUGUUACUCAUGGUUCAGAAACAGGUAAUUUACGUACUCGACAUGUUGGUGAUCUCGGAAAUAUAACAACGAAUGCCAAUGGUGAAGUGACAAUUGAUAGGACAGAUAUAAUUAUUCAACUAUACAAUACUACACAGUCAAUCAUGAAUCGAACUAUAGUUGUCCAUCGUAUGCGUGAUGACGGUGGCCAAAGUGGAGCCCCAGAUAGUACGACAACAGGAAAUGCUGGUGCUCGUGUUCUCUGUGGUUUGAUUAAAUCAGUUGCUGUUCAUAUGCAACCAACAAUGUUCAUUCUGUUCACUAUUUUGACCAUUGUUUUCAUGCAAUUAUUCUAA